CGGAGAGGCUCCACCUUUCCGAGCGGCUCGGUGACCUCAGCAGUGGGCUGGAUCGUAAGGGUGGGAUUUCCAGGCUCACACAGAGCCGUAUGUAUCCCUGCCUCUCUAUCUGAGGAUCUAUGCGGCUUCUACGGCAGCGACGACGGACCCGCUCGUAGCCCUCACAGCCGCAUAAAGGCCCAUACGUCGCGCGCGGGAUCUUCAUUUCUACACGCGACUGCAAUCGGAAUAAAUAACUGAGGAAUGUGGAAAUUACAGAAUGCCCAACAGCGCUGGAAAGAGAUUUAAACCCACCAAAUACAUCCCAGUGUCCACCGCUGCCACGCUCCUUGUGGGAUCGACCACUUUAUUUUUCGUUUUCACGUGCCCCUGGUUGACCAAGGUAAUCUCUCCUGCUGUGCCUCUCUACAAUGGCCUGGUGUUCCUCUUCGUCCUGGCCAACUUCAGCAUGGCGACCUUCAUGGACCCCGGCGUUUACCCCAGAGCGGAUGAGGACGAGGACAAGGACGACGACUUCCGAGCGCCGCUCUACAAGAACGUGGAGAUCAAGGGGAUUCAGGUCCGGAUGAAGUGGUGCGCCACCUGCCAUUUCUACAGGCCGCCUCGCUGCUCCCACUGCAGCGUCUGUGACAACUGUGUGGAGGACUUCGACCAUCACUGCCCCUGGGUGAACAACUGCAUCGGGAGGAGAAACUACCGCUACUUCUUCCUCUUCCUGCUGUCGCUGAGCGUCCACAUGGUGGAUGUGUUUGUCUUUGGCCUCAUUUUCGUCCUGCAGCACAGAGAGAGGCUGGGCGCGCUGCACGCCACCGUCACCCUGGUUGUAAUGUGCAUCGCAGGCCUCUUCUUUAUUCCAGUCAUGGGACUCACAGGUUUCCACAUGGUGCUCGUCGCCCGAGGCCGAACGACCAAUGAGCAGGUGACGGGCAAGUUUCGUGGAGGAGUAAAUCCCUUCACGAAGGGUUGCUGUGGCAACAUGGAGUAUGUGUUAUGUAGUCCCCUGGCACCCAGAUACAUGCUGGACCCGCGGAAGAAGCCCCACGUCAAAAUCCAGCCCCCGUUCAUCAGACCCGACCUGUCGGACCGGCAAAUCACCAUCAAGGUCAGCGACAACGGCAUCCACGGCACCGUCAUCAGCUCCAAGUCCAAAGGCAGCCUGGACGGCCUGGAUGAGACGGAGCAGCCGCCGCUGCCUCCCAAAGCCGACAGGUACAACCACCUGAAAAGCCAGCCGACGUCCAGUGAAGAGAGUUCCCUUUCUGGGAAGACCCACCCUUCCACUCCCGCCAUGUAUAAAUUCAGGCCGUCCUUUGGCACCAUGCCUAAAGUCCACUAUCACACAGCUGGCGAGAAGAUCGUUAUGGCCGACGAAUGGAAGAAUUCGGCCAUUGCUGAAGAGGGCGUCCGUGGCCACGACUACAAAUCGGAACCAAACCUGGACCUGCCGGAAUACACGAACGCUCCCCUGCACCGCACCUUCCAGUCCUCCCCCCUCCAGCUGGACGCCGACCCCGCCGGCCCCCGCUCCCUCAGCCUGAAGCCGGGCAACCGGCGGCCGGAGAAGGGCCAGCUGCCGGCCCUGCAGCCGCAGGCGGUCACGUCCACCCCCUACAAGAGCGUCUUCUCCCCAAAUACCCUGUCCAACCGCAACGGCAGCCUGUCCUACGACAGCCUGCUCAACCCCAGCGUGUCCCCGGCCGCCGCCGGCGCCGGCGAGUGCAUGGCCCACCGCGGCAUGGCCGGCUUCCACUCGCCCUACCUGCCCACCAAGAUGUGCCACAUCCGGGAGCCCGAAGUGCAGAGGCAGCAGGUGGGCCCCGCCUACAGCCCGGUGGUCCCGCCCAGAGGCUUGGGCAGGCAGUCCCCUCACGGGAGGGACAGGGACCCGUCCCCGGUGCGCUACGACAACCUCUCCCAGACCAUCAUGGCCUCCAUUCAGGAGCGGAAGGAGAUGGAGGAGAGGGAAAAGCGGCAGAUGUUGCAUGGGUGCUCCCAGACCCACAUUUAUGCCCAGGACUCUGGCGUGUUCGACGGGGGCUACGGCCUUCCCCAAAGUGCUCGCUACUCAGACGGGCCCCGGGGCCCCGGCUCCAGAGGACCAACGCCCCCGGCCUACGGGGGCUCCAGGGAUAACAUGAUGGGGGCGGGGCUUGUGAGCUGUGGACAGCGCACCCCCGUGCUGCGCCACGCCGGCGCCACGCUGGGCCGAGCGCCCAGGACUUCCUCCACCUCCCUGCACACGGACCACUCCGGCAGCAGCCAGGGCAGGGCCGCGGGCCACGAGGCCCCGUACCGGUCCCCGGCCCACCACCCCCAGUCUCCCGCCGUGCCCCGAUCGCCCUCCUACUCUCACCAGAAGUUUGCUUACAUCAGUGCCCACGAGCGGACGGACUCGCCUCGUCUGGGAGGCCCGAGAGAGGUCAUGAAAAUGAACGGGCAGAUGGACUGCCAGCCCGGCGCCCAGAGCGCCGCCCUCAGCCCCAGUCGCCACAAUAAUGUCAAAAAGGUGACGGGCGUGGGAGGCACCACCUAUGAGAUAUCAGUGUGAGCAGGGAAGCUGCGCCCGCGUCCGUGGGCAGAGGCCGCCCUGCUGCCGGGAGAGGCUCCUGUUGUUUUUGUCUUUGUCAAAUCUAGAUCUUGGGCACACAGGUAUCCCUGCUUAACGUUCAACGGGAGGAUCCGCCACAUGCGCGCGCGUGUGCGUGUGUGUGCGCUUCACGGGGGGGGGGGGGGGGGGGGGGGGUUGAUUGUCGGGUGGUCCCCUGCAGGUUUCACCGUGUGUGUCGUCGUGAGCAUGUUUGUGGCGUCAGAGUGGACUGAACGGAGCGUCAGUGAGACGCGUUAACGCAAAUGUCACACACCACCGCCAGUAACGCUACACACGCAGCCGACAGCGGCGCCCUCACUGUGGACCGAAGUAGUUUGCAAGUCAGACGACCCCCAAGAGGUCGCGGUGCUUCACACCGACCCCUGCUGUCCGUCACGACGGGCGACACAUCAGACAGGUUCGAGCCUGGUUCUGCAAACGGACGCUUCUCAGGGAUGAACGCAAGCAACGGACUUGAGUUGACAAGGAUUCACACACCGCGAAUGUGUCUGCUUGUAGUUCAGCCUGAGCUACUCCCUCAACGUUAGCGAAUCACCUUAGACCCGUCUGUCUGUUGCAGCCGGCGUGACGUUAGCACCGGGUUGAUCAUCACGUUCCCCCAUCGGUUCUCAGUGAGCGCAGAACGGGUCCAGCCUCUCGCAACCAAAACCAACGGUUACUGUGUUACCUAUAAACAGGAUCGGACGGGUGGCGAGAAACACGCCAUUGUUCCAUGCAGUGAAAUGAAGCCAACUGUCCAUCAGCCAUCACUUCAGACCUCUGUUCUUUUCUUUUUAUAUACCAAAUGUUUGAUACAUUUUGAUACGCGUAGUGAAACCCAUCGAGUAGGUAGUACGUACAUGAGACCAUGGCGACAUCUAUUAGUAUAGCGUGUUCAACCUGGCGUGUAAGAAAAUGUUUGAUGUAAUUACUAGAUAUAUGAUGUUGAGUUUGUCGUUGACUAGUGGACCGUCACGUUACUUUGAUGGUUUGCCAACAUGCGCUGCACACGGAGUCGAGGACGGAGCUUUCAGUAGAAGCUGCCUUGAAGUUUCAGUGCCAAACGUGGCCCCACACACACACACACACACACACACACCCCGUUAUUUCUCUCAGACAUCAUCUCAGUUUGCAGCAGCUGUCUGGUACAGCUCUGGUGUUUUGCCACCACUCAAUUUGUCUUUUUCUUUUUUUGCUGUUAAGUGAGAAGAAGUCACGUGUAUGUAUGUGAAGUGGAAUAUAUUGUUCACAGUCCACAUCAGCUAGAAUAGGAAAGACCGCCACAGUCUACUUAGGAUUUUAGAUGGAUGUGGCGAAAUUUCAAGAAUAAACCAUCGUUGCCUUUUGAGAGAAGUUAUGUUUCAAACGCAAUGAAACUACUGUAACUGACUACAAAGGACAAUGAAAUAAUAAGUUUUGAACUGAGCAGCAAACGGCAGGAGUGACACUUUUGAGCAACUCAAGACUGGGCUAUAGACCAACGUACAAGCGGAUGAUCUUAAUGAAAAUACUUUUCGUCCCACUUCUGAUGCAGUUACAUUUCUGCAGAUUGGAUGGAGGCUGGUGGUUGAGGAAGUCUGGUUUUCUGAAAACUGCUGGAUCUUAAACUCACUGUAGUUACGGCCUUGUGACUAGUACGGUCUCCCCUUUAAAGUGUCACCCAGCUGCCUUACCAUGAGCACAGCAAUUUCUGAAGUGUUACAGAUGGUUUGUGUUGUCAAGGCGUGGCAUUAGGAACACUUCUGGCAUCUGGUACUUGAGUCAUUGGAACGUCAUCUGGGCCGACCAUAGGCUGCUGAGUUGUGAACAUCCCUCCAGUCUAUCCUGACUCACACCCGUUUGAUCACAUAUCAACACACUAUCGAUCAUUCCUCUUAAAGAUGACUGCCAUAAGUCCAGGGUUUUGCUUUUCUUUCCAGGAUGGACGUGAAUGCAGGUCAGGGAGCAUUCCUGACAGUCAACCAUGAAUCUGUUCCUUCAGCCAUGGGCAGAUUAUUUUCCUCAGAAACAUCACUAUGUAUUAAAAGAUUAUACUAUAGAGAAGAGUAUACUAUAAAUGUACAUGUAUUCCUAUUUUUGUGAAGAGGAAAUAUUUCCCAGUGACCUAAGCAAAAUUAAAUAAAGUUUUCAUCUUUGAGUGAAGGUUGAUGUUUGUAAAACAGUGGUUUACGUUACAUCAUUUUAAGGUGAAGCUGCAUCAUUAGCUCUGUGGAAACAAUUCUUAUGUUGAGGCAAACGUGGUCUUUGACAACUUUUAUUCGAAGGUGGAGGAAACAUUUCAAAUCAUUUAAGUGCAAAUGAAAAGUAACAUUUCAUCCAUGUACAUGUAUUUACAGAUGCACUGGCACUUAGAUGCACUUUAGAGGCAAGGUUAAGAAGUCAAUUAGUGGAAAAAUAAAGGACAGGGUGUUAAGCACACAGAUCAGAUAGGGCACACUCUGUUACAUAUACUCUACAUGCUUUAAAGUCUGGGAAUGUUAUGAUCUAAAGAAUGCAAACUGGAUUACUUGAAGAGGAACUGAAGUCAGAGCAUAGCUGCAUCAUAUUUUGUGAACCGUUCACAUGGGACUUAGUUAAAAGAAAAAGAAUUUUUAGCUAAGUGCAUCUGAUCUCUUAUCAGUGGACACUGCUAUCUGGAGCACACAGCGAUGCCCCUCGACUGCCGAGAAAAUGUCUUUCCAUCAGUUCCUAUGAGAACUGAUGGAAGGAGUCGUAAGUCUACAAGGCAUCCACUGAAACGCUGUCGUCAUACUUGCUGUGUCUAAUGGUGAGAGCUUGACACUGGACAGGGUAACGAGGUCCACCAAGAUGCAUUGUAGGAUUACGUAUUUAUAAUGCACCUCUACAACACCUGGUCCCUGACACUGUGCUGCCAACAAGCAGGCUACAUUAUCCUCUCCCCCUACAUACAAACUGCUUUAAUAUAACUAAACAAAAAAAACAAAAACACCCCAAUGUGGGACUUAUCACUAUCACAAGCCUCUUUUCACAGUUAAUCAAAGGUAACAUUGAACUGUAGAUGGCAAGGAUGGAAAGUGUGGCAUUGCAUGAUGCAAAAAGAGAAAAUGAUGGGAAGGGGUUUUUACAUAAAUUCACUUUCUUAUAUUUUUCCCAAGUGGCAUCAAGGACUUGUGAUCUUGAGGCAAAACAGAUUAAAAAAACAAACAAAAAAAAA